AUGCCAAAUCAGUGCCGGCACCGGUCUGUCCCCUUUCCUCCGUCCGUUCCUCCCUCGCUCUUUGCCGGCCGGUUUCCAGAAAAGGCGGGGCUCUCGUCCCCACCCCACCUGGACUUGACUGCCUUUUCCUUUCCGCUUGCCUUGCCCGCGUGUGGCAACGAUCACCGUCCUGGCAGGGCCAGUUGGGGACCACCUGUCACAACACCCACCCCCUUUUGGGCUUCCCUUUUGGGAUUCCCAUGGAGUCCUCUGUAUUCGAAGUACAUUACGCAUACCCCUUUCAUCGGUAGCUUACGCAGCUCGCAGAUGCCCCAGCUACAGGUUCUACCAUCGUGGAUGAGGCGUCUCAUCUACUCGGCGAACGAAGCUCCUCACAUCUCGCCGGAGUUGCGACAACCUUCUCACUCUAUCUCUCCGCAUCGACGUGAGCACACCCACUCCACUCAUGGUAUUGCCAGCUUGUAUGUAUGCGUACCUCGUAUGCAAGACAUUGGUCGGGCCUUCAGCCAAUUCAGCGGCUCCUCAACCCAUCUGUGCCUCAUCUCAACCUCAGUUCUCACUCUGCUGGAGAUCAUAGGCGCUAUGUUCGACGCAAGGGCAGAUAUGCCGGCGCGCGCCGCCGACGACUACACACUCCCGGGUCUUGUCCACAAGGCUGAUAUGUCAGUCUACGAAGGAUUCCGCUUUAUCAGUGCAAUAUCAGCUCAACCGACGCUGGACUCCCCCUUGAUGAGAGGCCACGCGGCGUCCAGAGGACGCCCGGUAUGUAUUGGCCAGUUACCCGGGCGCCAUAAUGUCGAUCACCACCCCCUGAAGGAGCGGAAACAGCCCAUUCUCAGCUCCUUCUUCCUCCCCUCUUCGUCUCUCCAUCGUCGUCGGAUCGCCGUGGACAGAUCAGAUGACAAUAAUAGGAAACUAACCACGGAGACGGAGGCAAGAAACAUCCAUGAAUUGGAACAACAACGGGGAAGGCAGCUAGAAAAGGAGACAGGCGGCGGCGGUUCAGAGUUCCCCAGGGCCCGGCCCAUGGGGCCAUGCGAUGCGAUGCAUGAACGGCACUCGAAGGAUCGUCAAUCAACACUUUGCUCGCUCUGGGGAGGGAUGCUCCGUAGGAAAAGGGGAUUCAUAGUUGUCAUCUCCAUCGCCCCGACAUCCCGUGUCUUUAUUCAUUGGCCAUAUGCCGUCAAAACAUUCCGUGGCAUGAACCGCCUCGACCGCCUCUCUCUCCCGGCCCUGACCUGUCUUAAUCUCCAGCUUGUGCGUGCCGAGUCCGUCAUACCGCGGGAGUAUGUGCGGAAAUGA